AUGGCUACGUUUGAAUUAUUAAAGACCACCGAACACAGCAUUCGUUUAGGCAGAAUGACCAUAUUGCGAAAUCACGAAAGAAAAAUCCUGAAUACACCGAAUUGCCUGGCAUGCACUGCCCGAGGUUCAGUUCCACACCUGACUCCCGAUAGUCUUCGCGAAAUACCCGUUGAGGCUUUAGAGAUCACUCUUGAGCAAUUCCUCGAUGUACAACCUCCACCUUCGUCUCUUUUUCCGAAUGGAGCGCACAAAUUCUUCAACCUCGAGGAAUAUCUAUUGUUUUUUGACGUUCGCGAUCCGGGAGAACUGAAAAAGAUUCCCUUUAACACCGAUAAGUUUGCCUCGGUAAUUACGAGUCAGGGAAUUCGUAAAAUCACCCCUGAUGAUUACGUGAAAUAUGUCAAUUCAUAUAAUCCAGAGAUGUUUGCCAGUUUGUCAGACACAAUAACAGCCGAAUCUCCGAGCCCCAAGAGGAUCAAGAAAUCGGUCAAUAGAACUUUGACUUGGUUAGACCAUGCACUUGCCAACAUCAAGGAAGGGAUUCACGUUUUUGGAGCGGUGGUUGGACACGACAAUCAUGAAGAGCGUGUGAGAUCAGCUCAAGAAACAGCAAAUAGGAAAGUGGCCGGUUUCGUGUUGAAUGGACAUGACCUGGGAAACACAUCAAAGGAGCGCUUAGAUAUAUUAAAAACUUCAAUAAAUCAUCUCCCCAAGGAUAAGAUUCGGAUCGCCUACGGUAUCGAAAAACCGGCGGAUAUCCUUAGAGGUAUUCUUGAGGGAAUUGAUGUAUUUGACGCCAGUUAUCCAUCGAAGAUGACUUCAGCGGGAAAGGCAUUUGUAUUUUCACUGAAUAACGACAAGUGGGAUACCGAUACUGGAUGUUCUCAGCACAUCAAUCUUUUGGAAGGACAGUAUCGAACUGAUUAUCAACCAUUCAUACAAACAUGUAAAUGUUACGCCUGCCGGAACCACACAAGAGCAUACGUUCACCAUUUGUUAAAUGCGCGAGAGAUGCUUGCGAAUGUGUUGUUGAUGAGUCAUAAUUUAUAUCACUAUUCGCAGUUUUUCAAAAAGAUCCGAGAAUCCAUGGAACAAGAUACUUUUUUACAGUUUGCAGAACAAUUUCUCCAGAGAUAUGGUGAGGAGGAAUACAAGAAUGAUCACGAAGUGACACUGGAGAACGCUGAAUUUUCAAUUAAUCAGAAUAAAACAGAACACAAUUCAAGUUUCUAG